AUGCGCGCAUGCAUAAAGCAGAUCCUUGGAGUGAAGCAGUCGUGCAAUGCGACUGGCACCAAACUCCAUGUAGCUUUAGCACAAGCGCGAAUAACAAGAGUGUGCACCGCUGCGUGCUCCCCACGCUUCUCUCUGGUCUCCUCUGUGCACCCCUCUGUGCACUCCUCUGUGCACCCCUCUGUGCACUCCUCCAGGACCUAUGUAUCCGACAGUGCAUACAGCCAGGCCUUCAGCGCGGCCAGAGACAGCCCAGACUCCUUCUGGACUCAGGCUGGACAACAUAUCGACUGGUUUGAGCCAUGGACUAAAACUUUGCACUUUGAAGACCCCGUGUUUCCUCAAUGGUUUUUAGGAGGAAAGCUGAACAUGUGCUACAAUGCUGUGGAUCGACAUGUGGAGGGUGGACGUGGAGAGCAGACGGCCAUCAUCUACGACAGCCCGGUGACUGGAACCAAACAAACUGUCACCUACAGACAGUUACAAGAUCAGGUUUCCAGGCUGGCAGGAGUACUUGUGAAGCACGGUGUGCAGAAAGGAGAUUUGGUGGUGAUCUACAUGCCCACGGUGCCCCAGGCCAUGUUCACCAUGCUGGCCUGCGCUCGCAUUGGAGCCCCGCACAGCCUAAUCUUUGGUGGCUUUGCUUCUAGAGAGCUUGCUGUCAGAAUUACUCAUGCCAAGCCCAAGUUGAUGGUGACGGCCUCCUUUGGCAUUGAGCCCGGCAGACAAGUGCAGUACAUUCCUCUGGUAGAGAAGGCCUUAGAGCUGAGCUCUCACAGACCCUCCAAAGUCCUCAUCUAUAACAGACCAAAUAUGGAAAGAGUUUCAAUGAGUCCAGAGAUAUCACUGGACUGGGAUGAGGAGAUGGCCACAGCCCGGCCGCAUGACUGUGUCCCCGUCCCUUCCAACCACCCCCUGUAUGUGCUGUACACCUCUGGAACCACUGGGGCCCCAAAGGGGAUUGUGCGAGAUACUGCCGGCUACGCUGUGAUGCUGAAAUGGACCAUGUCAAACAUUUAUGCACUUCAAUCUGGUGAUGUUUGGUGGGCUGCAUCUGACCUGGGAUGGGUUGUUGGACAUUCAUAUAUCUGCUAUGCACCUUUACUCCAUGGAAACACCACGAUUCUUUACGAGGGUAAACCAGUGGGGACUCCAGACCCAGGGGCGUUCUUUCGUGUCCUGUCUGAGCAUGGGGCCUCCUCCAUGUUUACAGCACCUACUGCUAUCCGGGCCAUCAGGCAACAGGACCCAGAGGCCGCCGUGGGGGGGCAAUACCCUCUGUCGAGGUGA